CAGCAAUCGCUGAGAGAUCAAAUGAAGGCAAUUUCAAGUACACAGUGAAUGCAUCAAGAAUGAUUGUUCCUUUGGAAAAGAAGCCUUCUAUACGAAUAGCAGGAUAUUUGGAAAAGAGGGGGAAAAUGAGAUUGCUAGUCUGCCGAUGGAAGAGGUGGUGGUUCGUCUUGGAGGGCCGACUGUUGUUGUACUACAAGAGUCAGCUGGAGUACCUGAACCUGUCACCAUGUAGAGGAUCACUGAACCUAGGCCUAGUAUCCAGUGUGAGGCCAGGCAAGGGGCUGGAGCUGAGUGUAGUCACCAGGUCACAGACUGUUGUACUGAUCUCUAAACCUAGGCCUAGUAUCCAGUGUGAGGCCAGGCAAGGGCCUGGAGCUGAGUGUAGAUACCAGGUCACAGACUGUUGUACUGGUAUGUACAUGAACAUGUCACUAUGUAGAAGAUCUCUAAACCUAGGCCUAGUAUCCAGUGUGAGGCCAGGCAAGUGCUUGGGCUUGGAGCUGAGUCACCAGGUCUCAGACUGUUGUACUGGUAGGUACAUAUGA